AUUUGGCGGAAAUUUUGAUAAGUUGUACAUAGGGGACUGCGCGUACGAGUCGUAGGGGCACAGAGAAGUGGAAGUCGGCCAUUAUGACGGUGUAGUAUACCUCCUUAAAGAAGGAAAUGCAACCAGAUCAGAAUUCACACAUGUGACCCAAGCCUCUGGCCUCCAUCAGGUGCUCUACCACUGAACUACAUGUAUCUGGUUGGGUAGAUGAACUGGCAUGUCUUGAAGAUAUUGAAGCAUGGAAGCUACGGAUAUAUGUUUGAGAGAGGCCAUUCCAGAUUCUUGGCACUGCAGCCACUAGGUCAUCCCGGUUUUUAAUAUCAUCCAACUCACAGGACAGUUUGAUUUUGAUACAACGCCAGACAUUUUCAACAACAUUAAGGUCCAGGGACUGCAGGCCAGUUGAAAUUAGAAUGAGGAUAAAGUGUGAAAUGGAUAUUAUAAACCGGCUGCUGCCAUCCAUGAAUGUAAAGAAGGGUGGCAGAAGUUGCCACACACAGUUAUCUAUAGGGAAAAAGCCACAAAGUGAUUCCAAGGAGGGCACCUUGUUUCUAAUGGUGUGUACUGCUCAAGAUAAAAAUGGAACAAAAUUUCAGAUUAAGGACAAUGUUGAGCAAAUAUUUGCAAAGUUUAUAAAUGAAGGAAAGGCAACAAUUCGUUUCAAAGAUCCAGAGCAGGAUUUAUGCUUGUGCAAGGCGGAUCCACUACAGCUUAAAAACUUUCUGACUUUACUGCGCAAGGCAUCAUUAGGUCAGAAUAUAGACAAGAUUAACUUAUCCACACUGGCUCCAGCAAGUAAUAAAGGUAUUGAUAAACCAAAAACAAAACUGUCAGUGACAUCCAGGAAAGACUAUCCUCUCACCAAAAGCUUUCCUUCACAGUUGGAACAUCUUCAUAUAUCUCAGUGUCGGAUGAAGAAGAUAGAUUCCAGAAUUUUUCAGCUUAAAAGACUCCAGCAUCUAGACUUACGGGAAAAUGUUGUGGAAGAGUUACCUCUUACAUUUUCUCAACUCGUAAAUUUGCGGGAACUGAUACUAAAUUCAAACAGGAUACAGAAGCUACCAUCUUCUUUGUUUUUAUUGCCAAACUGGAAGCAGAUGCUGUCACUGUUGGACCUCAGUAAUAACAACAUUACACUUCUGCCUGUUCAGCUCUGUGAAUUGGAUAAUCUUGUCACUCUGAGAGUGGACCACAACAAGCUAGAAACAUUUCCACCCACAGUUGGAAGACUCAAGAAACUCAAAUAUCUUUCAGCCAGUCAUAACCGUAUAGAGGUGCUUCCAUACAGUUUUAUGCAGUUGCAAUUGGAACAUCUGGACCUGUUUGAUAACCUUUUCAUUGAUGUUACAAAGUCUGAUUUAGAAGAGAAAGAAUGGCAAGCACCAUCUUUAGUGGAGUGUUGUGCCAGAAUGAUUCGUAAAAAUAGGUUGCCUUACAGUGAGGAUGACUUGCAUGCUCAUCUCUGUCGCUAUCUGGACUCGGCUCGAGUUUGUUGGUGUGGUGGUUUCUGUUUCGAGGGCUGCGUCCGAGCAUUGACCUCCUUAUCGCUACAGACUUUCUCACCUACAGUUUCCGCCGUAGAUUUACAGGGAAGAAUGACUGUGCCUGUUCUUUUGUUUCUAUGUUCUCCACAGUGCCAGCGUAAAUAUAAAAGAAAUCCUCAUGCCUACUGGAGGUAAAGAUAUUGUAAAUAAUGCAUUUUGGAAAUGAAUAUGUACAGAAGUUAAAUAUGGUAUCGUGUAUAUAAUGGAUUAGCAUUGAUUAUCACUUUUAUAACCAACGAUGGAAGAUGCAAAAACUCUUAAAACAAAUUGACAGACCUCGCAUACCAUCCUGAAUGUUGUCUAUGCUUGGUAUUGCAUUGUAUAAAAUUGAAAUCUAAAAAAGUCCAUGGCAUUAUAUCUGUAUAUAUAUAUAUAUAUUAAAAACCCUUCAUUUCCUUUUGAUAUUAUGAAAGAAUGGUCUUGUUUACAUCGAAAGUAGCAAACAAUAAAACAUGAAGUGUUC